CACCUUUCUCUUACACUGAAACAUCAGCAAUCAUCCAAUCUCAUCAACCUGUCACUUGCAAAAUCCAAAUUGCCAUCUAUACUCAUUCCGGAGCAAGAAUUACGCGGCCUUUGUCGAAUGAUAAGCAUUAUUUCGCUUCUCGAACAACCGUACGCACUACGGUGGCCCGUCGCCUCGCCUGAUGGCGUCACCAUCGAGUUUCAUUCCUUUAGGAAGCCUUAUUAUCACGCGAGAAAAUACCGAGCUUACAGUGGAAGAGUGGAAGCUGUUGGAGAAGAGAUUCGGAAGAUGGCGCAUCAUUGCGCCGACCAAACCUGCCAAAGGCGUCAGAGCCCCCGAGCCAUUCGACCAUGUAGAGGAUACCUUCCUCUUAUCUGCGGCUUUCAAGAACUACAAGAACCUCGUGGCUGAAAGAUGGAUCCGAGUUCAUCUACUCAUUCGCGCGGAGGAUGGAGAACGCGGAACUGCAAGGAUUUAUGUCUUGCCUGACGACGUCGACAAUAAGGCCAUUGACCGAGACCGCACUAAGCUAAGAAGAUCACGCAGAGCUCUCGUUGCCCAACUCGACUUUUCUCAAGACGCCUGGUCCGGCCAGCCCACUUCGACCCCGACUACAAUCGACCAUGUCUUUAGAGAUGAAGAAGACCCUCAUGAUUCGACCUCGUUGCUCCAGAUGUUCAACACCAUCCCUUCCCCGGACCCGGCGCCCGACGCUAUCACCAAUCCAUUUGAACAAGAUGCCAUUUACAACGUACUCGAGGGCAAUCUCCCUGGUCUGAAUGAUACGUCGAAGCUUUAUGACUACCAGCGUCGCUCAGCUGCGGUCAUGAUUCAGCGUGAAAGUGAACCUGGUCAGUUCCUGGAUCCAAGAAUUGCCAAAGCAACCGACCAAAAUGGUGCCGCCUACUACUACGAUACUAGCUCCGGAGCCCUCGUCAAGGAACCAAGAUUUUACGAUGGUGUCAGAGGCGGCAUACUGGCUGAGCAGAUGGGCUCUGGCAAGACCCUGAUCUGUCUGGCAGUCAUCUUGGCCACUCGACAUUUGGCUACCCGCACUCCCGAUAUCUACCAAGGGAGCGACGUGCGCGUGAGGAAGAAGAUUGGAUCACUCGCUGACAUGGCAGCCUCGAAUGCCAACACCAAGGGAUCUCCAUGGAAGAUCUUCUUCAACGUCUAUGAUGCGAACCAAGAGCUAGAGUACGACAAGUGCAUAGCAGCAAUCCGCCGCAACCCCAGCCGCUACCACAUCCCCGAAGAGGCUCCCAAGCGCCUUCGGCGGCAUGAAAAUCCUGUUGGUAACCCGGCAAAGAAAGUCCGACACACUCAUGCAUCCAUCGUCAUCGUCCCCAACAACCUUGUUCAACAAUGGAUUCAGGAAAUUGAAAAGCACAUCGUCCAACCAGGAAACCCGGCGGGUCUCAAGGUCCUGAAGUUAACUAGCCAAAAGGAGGAAAUCCCCAACUCUCAGGUGCUUGCGGCCUAUGACCUCGUCCUCAUUACACAGUCACGGCUUGAUAGAGUAUGGAGAGAAACUAUGAUGAUGGGGUGCCCGCUGGCAGAAGUCCACUUCAAGCGCUGCAUAGUCGACGAAGGUCACAAGAUAGGCUACGCGAAGAUAAACAACAAGAGUAAUGUCCUCCUAGCCAUAGACGCACUCCACGUCUCUGCUCGCUGGAUUGUGACUGGAACGCCAGCCACUGGAUUAUUCGGUGUAGACGACCAACACUUCAACGAUACCCAUCUCGACAACAAAGACAAUGCCGACAAGACGGCAGCCCUCGCCGAGGCAGAAAAGGGAGACCUUGAGAAGAUUGGAGCGAUAGCAUCACUGUACCUCAAUGCUCGACCUUGGUCUAAUGGCGUCCACGAAACAGGAGAUACGACGGCGGAUUGGGCGGUGUACGUGAUGCAGCCGAAGCAUAGCUCCCGAUCAACCGGCCGCAUGGGGGUGCUGCGCGCCACGCUGAACUCUCUUAUCGUCAGGCAUCGACUGUCGGAGCUUAACACACUGCUUCCAUCAGUCAACGAGAACGUUGUUGUAUUGGAGGGUUCAUACCAAGACAAGCUGGCGCUCAACAUCUUCUCCAUGAUGAUUAUCUUUAACGCAGUCCAGUCCCAAAGAGUCGACAUGGAUUACUUCUUCCACGCCCGUCAACGCAAGGCUCUGCUUCAACUGGUUCACAACCUGAAGCAAUCCAGUUUCUUUGGCGGUGUCUUCUUCGCUAAGGACGAUAUACUGAAGGCACUCGAAACUGCAGAGACUUUCCGCCAAGAGAAAAAGGUUCUCAUCAGCGAGAAAGACGAAGCACUUCUAAAAGAGGCCGUCGAAGUGGCCCAUAUUGCCAUUGACAACCAACUCAAAGACUUUAGCAACAAGUAUAACGAGGUUCCCAUCUUCAUCCACGACUUUCUCCCCAAUGGCGUGGGCUCUGCCUGGUCCCUCGACGACCGAGACGCCAACCCCACCUGCACCGAUGCUGGUAUGGUGCUUACCGCGCAGAAACUGAUCGCCUCUGCCAUGGGCAAGCCCACGAAGCUGAACAGCCUGCUCAACGGUCAGCUGGAGUUUGAAGGUCGCAAAGAGCAAGCCGACCAGAUCAUGUCUGGGGCACAGGGUGUCGCGAUUGACCACCGGCCGUCAAAGUCUCCAGGGGUUCUUGCUGGCAACACGAAACUGGGAGGUGAACGGGUUCCUCGACACCUCAAGUCGACUGCCUCGAAGCCAGGCGACCCCGUGCCCGAGCUGGAGCAACUUCCAGACGACUUGAAGAAGGCGAUGCUGGUUUCCACUGUGUCAGCAAAGCUCUCAUAUCUUAUUGACGCUGUGGUCGAGCACCAGGACAAGGAGAAGAUGAUCAUCUUCUACGAGAACGAGAAUGUGGCGUGGUAUCUGGCGGGUCUUCUUGAAGUAGUGAGUUUGAGCAUCUCGACGACGUGUGGUUGCGAAUUAACAUGGCCACCCAGAUUCACGUGCGUCACCUGAUUUACGCCAGCAAGCUCACGUAUGCCCGGAAGAUGGAGUACGUGGACACUUUCAACAAUGACCCCAAGAUAAGGGUCAUUCUCAUGGACUUG